GGAGCUACGCAUGCGUACUGUCUUCGUCGUUCCGGUGCCCUUCUCUGACUACCACGCUCGAGUUUCAGUUUCUCUGUCUCUUUUUUACAUAGAGCAUCAUGUUUAGAUCAGCUGUGUUACGAUCUGUCUCUGGAAUCCGGGGUUUGGUGCGAUUACAGCCUUCGUACGCUGCUCCCCUGCAAGCCCGCUGUUACUCCCAUGGUGCGCAGGAGACCGACGAAGAGUUUGAUGCCCGCUGGGUGACCUACUUCAACAAACCUGACAUCGAUGCCUGGGAGCUGAGGAAAGGCAUGAACACUCUCGUCGGUUAUGAUCUUGUUCCUGAGCCAAAGAUUCUCGAUGCGGCUCUCAGAGCUUGCAGAAGGUUAGAUGACCUGGCCAGCGCUGUCCGCAUUCUUGAAGCAGUUAAGGAAAAAGCUGGCCCUCACAAAGAGAUCUACCCCUAUGUGAUUCAGGAGCUGAAGCCAACACUGGAUGAGCUGGGCAUCCCAACGCCAGAGGAACUUGGCAUUGACAAGGCAUAGUAUCAGCGUAUCUUCAGAAGAACCGCUGGUCCCACUGCACUUCAAGCCUCAGCCAAGCUUCCUGAUCUUCCUGUGACGUGAAAUCUGUCCAAAUGUGUAUAAAUAAUUAUGGAGCCCCAAUAAAGGACGGUUUAUCUUUAAA